AUGCCGCGAGGGCGAACCGAGGACGGCGCGCGCGAGGGAGGACGGCGAAGGGUGACGCGCGGCGGAUGGCGAUGGGUCCGCGGCGCCGCGCUCGCGGGCGUCGCGCUCGCGAGCGGCGGCGCGCGCACGGCGCUGGCGAAGAGCAAACUGCAGAUCGUGAACGCGGGACACGAUAUCGCGCACGCGUCGCACAUACUGUGCGGGACGGGGGACGCGGGGAAGCGAAAGUGUCAGGAUUACGCGGAGAUGUUGACGCCGUACCAGGACUCGGCGCACACGCUGGAGCGAGCGUUCGCCGAACUCGCGAGGCGGUACAGCGAGUGUCCGACGGGAAGCGACGGUGGUGAUUUGGGGUAUUUUCCGAGAGGCGAGAUGUCGCGAGAUUUCGAGAGCGUCGUGUUCGAUUCCAAGACGCCGUUGGACGCGGUGGUGGGACCGGUGGAGACGAGAAACGGUUGGCACGUCAUGCUCGUGCACCACAGGCAUCUCGCGGAUGAAGACGCGAAGGAAAGGGCGCGUUUGAAAUCUGAAGAGAUGAAGAGAGAACGAUUGGAGCGCGCGGAGAAGCAGAAGGAGUAUCAAGAGGAACGGGCGCGUCGAAAGGCGCAACGAGCGGCGAAGCGCCACGAGCGAGACGCCGAUAGACACUCGCUUCACGCACACGCCGAGGAGCACCUUCACGAUGAACUGUAA